GUCAUGACUAUGAGAGUAGCAUAUUCUAAACGUAAAUGAACAAAGGAAGCAUAUUCAGUUGAGAAAGCCAUGGCAAAACCGUUAGUUAGUAGGGUGUUUAAGUUUUAACUAUUUCAUUUCAUAACAAAGAAACCCUCUUAAGCUAAGUCAAAUCCUAUGUUCCAAAAAUAAAUAAAGAAAGAAAGAGAAAAAUAAAUUAUUAUAUAAACAAAUAGAGUAAGAGAUGAAUGAGGUGGCUUCUACGACGUCGUCUUCAAUGUUUCACAAUUACCCUCUCAUUUCCGCCAUUGUUGCUUUUGCCAUAGCACAAUCCAUCAAGUUUUUCACAGCCUGGUACAAGGAAAGAAGAUGGGAUCCCAAGCAACUUGUUGGAUCUGGUGGAAUGCCUUCAUCUCAUUCAGCUACUGUCACUGCUCUUGCUGCAUCAAUUGGCUUCCAUGAAGGUUUUGGAGGACCUCUUUUUGCCACUGCAUUGGUUCUGGCGUGUAUUGUGAUGUAUGAUGCUACUGGUGUAAGAUUGCAAGCAGGACGCCAAGCAGAGGUUCGAUGCCUUGUGCUGUUAGUUUUGAACCAAAUUGUGUAUGAACUUCCUGCUGAACAUCCUCUGGCUGAAAGCAGACCACUUCGUGAACUUCUUGGGCAUACCCCCCCUCAGGUCAUUGCUGGAGGGUUACUUGGACUUAUAACAGCAGUUAUUGGCUAUCUAAUAACCAUAGCUAGUAGUUGAAAUUGAGAACUCCAUUGCUGACAUCCCUAAAGGACCGUUGUAUAGAAAAUCCAGUCUCUACUCUUGAGCCUUGUUCCCCGAGAAAAAGCCUGGCAUGUGCCCCCUCCUUCGGAUCCCCUGUAUUACUUGGCCUCCUUUUCAUGUCAGCAUUGGCAGUGAAAAAUUGAAUUGUAUUUAUUAUACUUUGAUAGAAUGGAAGUAUCUCUUAUGGGAUCAUGUAUUAGCAAGAGUUCUU